AUGGCUUCUCAACUCUACUCAAUUCGUUUAAUUCGUGAGGAUACAUCAGUUCCAUGGGGAUUUCGACUUGAAGGUGGGACAGAUUUUGGUCAUCCUAUUAAUAUACAACAUGUGAAUCCUGGGAGUAUUGCUGAUUACAGUGGGCUUAGAACUGGUGAUCAAGUGAUCCGCAUAAACCAGUCUGAAACUAAAUGGAUGCGUCAUAAUGACGCUAAAAUGGAGAUUAUACGAUCAAACAAUGACUUAGAAUUGUUUGUUCAACGUGGUGAAUUCAUAAAUUCAUUUGUCAAUUCCAAUAGCUAUAACUCAUCACCAGUUCAUUCUAUAACCAGAUCACCGAAACCAGUUUCGCCACAACCAGUUAACCGACAGACUAUAUGGAAGCCAAAAGUUGUUUCAUCUGUGCAAAUGUCGUCACCCACUACAAAUAAUAAUAAUUAUAAUAAUGGUCAGUCAGUCUUUGCAACACACACAAGUCUAGAGGCUACACCAGACAACACAGAUUUAUCGAUUGGAGUUAAGCACAAUGUCUCUCCUCUGCCUUUUGGACAGUCACCACCUGCUCCAGGUGAAAAUUUAAUCGCAAAAGUUGGCGAUGGACGUUAUCGUAAAAUCAGUCAUUCGUCGUACAAUUCACCGAUGGGCUUAUACAAUCAAAAAAAUAGAAACCAGACAUUCGAAAGGACAUUGUCCAAUGCCAGUGGAACAGGAAAUCAGCCAACAGGUCAAACACCUGAAAUAUCACCAUCGACACCACCAUCAAUGUAUUGUGGUUCUUGUGGAGGUUUUAUCCGUGGUGUAUUCGUCAAAGUACAAGGUCGUGUUCCAAUGCAUCCUGAAUGCUUGAAAUGCUGUAAAUGUGGAAUAGGCCUAAGAAAUAUUGGCUAUUUUUAUAUUAAAGAACAGUUGUACUGUGAAACGCAUGCGAAACAAGCUGCACCACCUCCUGAACCCGGAAUGAAAGCUGUAGUCGUUUAUAAAUAA